GUUCCUGUUCCCUCUGUUCGGUCUGUCACUUCUGUCAGUCCAGACCCGGCUGACUCUGGCACUACUAAAAGAUCGCCCUUGCCGUUCCUCUCCACGCCCGCCCUCGUUCCUCACCAACCAGCUUCACCGUCGAGAAUUCCUCCGGUUUGUCCUUUACUCCCCUCGUUGGCCGAAUCUCCUCUCCCUCUCCUCUCCUCUCCCUCCGUUCGGCCUCCUAUCCUCCUCCUCCUCCUCAACGGCCCCCCUCCGCCGACUUGCCUUGCUUGUUGGUCACGCCGACGACACUUGGACCUUGCUUUGUGCCAUCGAAGCAAGCGUCCCGACGCCGAUCGGUCGAGUCGAAACGAGCCACGACAGGGCCUCGAAUUUAGCCAGUGCACAAGAAGGAACAUACCCCACUCCUUCCUGUCCUGUCUUUUUACGGUCUUGUCCAUUCGGCGAAGCGUCCGUGCCUGGCCCGUCCGUCUAGCCACUCCUACCCCGGACGUAUGUACGUUUGCUUCAGGUCGGCCGCCCAUGUUCUCGACAACAAUUCCGGCCUCCUCCCUCGUCUCCUCCCAGAGACGGUAGGGGAUUCCUCACCCUCACCCUCGCUCCUAUAUCUCCAACCAUUGCCGACCGACCGCCCUGUGGAUUUGACAACCUGACAGCGGCGCCACCACGGCCUUGAUCUGCACUCGCCCCAGUAUCUCCUCCUGUGUGUGUGCUGCACUUCUACGCCACAGAGAGAACCCACCCGUUCCGUUGCAUUGCGUCGUGUCUAAUUUCACACGACCUCUGAUACCCUUGGCCACCUGCCAUACCCCAGUCGAGCUCGAAACUCCACCCGCUUCCACUGUGUCCGGGGUUGUCUAAGGGUCUCUGCACAGAACCGCCAAAAAUUAACCCACGGCGUGGAUCUCGUCCCGUUGCACUGGGCGACGAGCUGCACCGAGCCUCCUUUUUCUUCGAGCUCGAUCUGUCUUAUUCCUUUCUUCUGCUUCCGGUCUAUCCCUCCCUCAAGAGGUCCAACAGGUCACACGAAGCUUCGACUGGUCGAUGGUCAAGACUCUGGUCCUCCAACAAGCACGAAAUAGUUGCAGCUUUAGGCUACUGUACCUAUCCAAUCGCUUACUCUCCUACCAACAUCCUCUCUAGGCCUUCGAUCUAUCUCUCCAGACCACCUGCAGAUUUCGACCACCCGCUUCGUCCCAAGCUCCCCUUGGACGCUGCCACUCUGCAUGCACCUGCUGGAGUGAUAUCGCCGGUCUGUCUCAGCAACCAGACAACACUACCCUGAAUUAUCCUUCAGUUCUGGGCUCAUUGCCUGCAAGCUAUACCGACCAUGCAGACGUCAUCUCCCUUGGCUGCCAUGCACCAGCCGGCAGCCCCUACCUUUGGUCACCCAGAUAUAUUUCGUCCUAGUGCUCAUGCUGCAUUUCAUGGAGACUCGAAGGGCUCUGGGGCUCUGCUCAGGGAGCGCCUAAGACAAGGUGGCAAGGACUACUUCAACGUCAAAGGUGUCAGUGGGUCUUCGCCUACAGCAAGCUUGGCGGCAGAUCUGUCUGCAAACUUCCGGAUUGACAAUGAAGCAAGUCCUCAGUUCCCAACGCCUCGUCGGGCUCUCUUCACAACGAACGCUAUCAUGGGCGCCCUGGAGGGUCAACGAUACCAGACGACGCCACCUCUACCUGCCUCCUCGCCCGCGUACACCGACAUGGACAUGGAUAUGGAUGUGUCUCCGGUACCAAUGGGAAAGGGUGUCUACGUGUCACAGGUCGAGGUGCACUCGCCUAGUCCUAUUCUGAGUCCGGAGGACGAUGAGGAUAUGGCUCUGGAUUCUCCUGCGCCCAUUUCACGGCAUUCGUCCGUCGACGGCACAAAGCCUUUGGCUGAGAACCGCCGCACACUGAACCUCCGCCGGCCAUCACUCUCAAGGUCAAAAGGCUACUCUACUGGUAACGUGCCCAGUCGGUUGCACCCCGAGGGCCAGCUUUCUUCGUUCAAGUUUGGCAACGAUGGCCGUCCCGGGUCGUCGUCCUCUCAGAUGUCCCUCAGCGAAUGUUUCGAGGAUUCGCCUCCACAAGAGCGUCGCCCGCAAUCUGCUAACAGCCCGUGUGCGGCCGCUGGCGCUCUGCGGUCGAAAGCUCACUUCUCCAGCCUAAGUGGCGCGUCUACCCGGAACGGGUCUCCUAUCAAUGGCCAUUCCCGGCGUGGUUCCAACCCACAUCUCAGACCGAGAAAGCAGUACCGACGUUCUUUGAGCAUGUUUGAGAGCGCGGGGGAUGUGAUCAAGCCGAAGGAAGACGUCAAUGCCCCGUCAGGCCUGCAAUCCGUUCUCGAUGUCGAAGAGGCUGCCGAGCCUGUGCUCCCACAUUUCUUCCCCGACGACCAGAACGACAGCAUACCCCGGCUUUCUAGGGACACCUUCCUCGACAUCCUCGACGGCAAGUAUAAUGAGCACUACGACCACAAACUCAUCAUCGAUUGUCGCUUUGAGUAUGAAUAUGACGGGGGUCACGUCGAUGGUGCCAUCAACUAUAAUGACAAAGAGCUGCUCGCCUCUCACCUGUUCAACAGCCCUCUGGAAGGACGAACCCUUCUGCUCUUCCAUUGCGAAUACUCUGUGCAUCGAGCGCCUUUGAUGGCACGCCACAUACGUGCACAGGACCGCACUGUCAACGCCGAGACCUACCCCCGUUUGACCUACCCCGAGGUAUACAUCUUGGAAGGUGGCUACAGUGGUUUCUUCUCCGAGCACCGCCACCGUUGCUACCCUCAAGCAUAUGUGGAAAUGGAUGCUGCCGAACACGCCAGGACCUGUGAGAAAGAACUGGAUCGUCUCCGGCAUGCCCGUAAGGGUCUGGGACGUGCUCAGACAUAUGCUUUUGGCGAGAGGGAACACCUGGCCCUAGACUCCCCGACAGCUGGUCAUCGGUACAGCUGUGACGAUUCUCCCAUGCAACUUGGCGACUCACCUAGCGUGGGCCACGAUCGGGGCCAUGCUAGGCGCAUGGCUUCGUACUGAUGUGACCAACAUGACGUCGUGCUUUGCCGGUCCACCUGCUGAAUGAUUGUCGAAGCGUCCUUGCACCGGCGGCCCCCCAGCCAGAGAAUAGCGAGCUGAGAGCAUGGCCCCGUCAGCCGGUCCCCCUUCACUAAAGAUACUAUACCCAGCCAGCCACCCUACUUGCAUUCUGGCGCUCAAUUUUUCUCGGAGAGUCCGCAACCCUUUCCUCGGCAGACAACCCAAAACCACAACUGACCAUGCUCGCCGCCACUUGCAAACACUACAUCUUUAAUCGUAAUUCCCAGAGCUCACCUCGCGGACUCGACAGAUUAUCGAUGUGCAACACCGUCGCGGUUUAUCUGCUACUGCCCGAGGAAUCCUAGGUUUCAUUUCUUUCGGCAUUACACGCAUUGGCAUAGACUCGCAUCGCAUCGACUGUUGCAUUUUACUGGAGCUUCUUGGAUCCGAUGCCCAAAGUGGCUACUUGCAUUUGGUCUUUCUACUGCACUCAAAACUUUUCCUCUGUUUUUAUUUUCCUACGGUGUCGAAACCUCUUCGAAGGCUCUUAAAGCGACCCGGUACUACAAAUACGCUCGCGGCUCACCUGCACAUUGUUCUGCACUUGAACUGACCGCCGCUCAGUUUUCCGACUUGCACGCAUCUCACUGUGUGCUUUGACUUCGCACAACAAAUACUCUUCGGUCCGUCACCUACCGGAGGUCGACGCUUCUUCACACGGACCCCAGAAGCACUCUUAUAAACCCCAACCCCCCUUCGGCCGUUCAUAGCCGUUGGACGCUCUCGUUAAGUGACGGGAUAUUGAUACCCUUCUCAAAAUUACGACAAGGCAUACGAUCAAUUUUCACGAAUACAAGGAAACGGCGAUAAGGCGACCAGGAAGAAGAAAUGGACGCAAGAAGCGGAAGCGCCGUGAUGGUACCAGGGAGACAGGACCGCGUUUGUGGAGAAGUUGAUAGGCUGAGAACGCCGUCACUCCCACUUGGCUCCCGUGUGGAGCGUGAGGACCAAGGGAGCUUGAGGGUAUGAGGUGGUGCAGCCGGAGGAUGUUUCUCGUUUCUUGUUGCGGAGUAACACCCAGACUGUCACACCGACCCCCGUCGUUCCCAAUACCUUGUAUACUAGCGAUCUAUUUGCUGCCACUACUGCACGCUGCUUGCUGCUUCCACGAGUUUGGCGAAACGCGCCCUUUGGGAUUGUCCUGAGCUUCCUUGAAAGAGCAAGGAACUAUAACAGGCGUCGGGGGCUGCGAAGAGCGAAGCUUGUCUAAGACGUCUUUCUUCGAGUUUUUCUAUUUUGUCAACAGGGCGAAACCUUCACUGGUUCAACUUGUCCUGAUACUGUAAGGGAAGGGAAACGGAACUAGGAAUCAAAAAGAAAUCCUGCAAACACCGGAUUCCUCCUGCGUGUCCUUCUGGACCUGAAUGUUUGUCUUGUGACCGCGGGUGUAGCCUCGGGCGCACAGAUGGGAUAACUUGAUUGUCUUCCCCGCCGGGCUUGUGUUGCGAAGAAGCC